AUGAAGAUCCUAGUCACUGGGACACCCGGGGUGGGGAAGACAACCUUUUCAUCAUUCAUAUCAAAGAAGUUCAAGAUUCCACACAUCGAGAUAAGUAGAUACAUAGAAGAAAACAAUCUGUAUGAGGAGUACAGUGAAGUAUACAAGUCACUUCUAUUUGAUGACAAGACUGUGAAGGAGUCCUUGAAAAAGCAUGUCCUUGACAAGGAAUCAUAUAUAAUUGACACUCACAGCUGCGGAAUGGUGGAGAGAACAGCUUUCGAUCUGGUGUUUUUGCUGACUGCGCCCAUUGAGGUUCUUUACAAAAGACUUAAAGAAAGAGGAUAUGAUGAGGAUAAGAUCAAGGAAAAUGUGGAAUGUGAAAUAUUCGGCGUUGUAAGAGAGGAGGUAGAGGACCUCUUUGAAGAAGGAUAUUAUGUUGUUGGAGAAGAAGGACUCACGUUUGAAGAGGCCGUGGCAAUUAUUGGUAAGAAUAUGGAUGGAAGACUUAAAUAA